AUGACGCUGGCCGAGGAGUUCCGCUCGAGAAAUUUCAGCAUUUACGGUCAAUGGACCGGAGUGCUGUGCAUUAUUCUCUGCAUGGCUCUCGGUAUCGCCAAUAUCUUCACCACCCACCCUUGGCACAUCCUUUUCGCCGUCUUUUGCAUUAUCUCCGCCCCAAUUAUUCUCUUCGUCGAAGUGCCCUUCCUUCUUCGCAUCUGCCCGACCUCCGGCAGAUUUGAUGAGUUCAUCCGCAGGAUCACGACUAACUGGAUGCGCGCCACCAUGUACGUCUGCCUCAGUGCCAUCCAGUGGGUCAGUCUUGUCGGCGGAGCAUCCAGCCUGAUCGCCGCCGCCGUCUUCCUCCUGAUUGCUGCUCUCUUCUACGCUUUAGCUGGUCUCAAGAGUCAAGAGUUCGUCGGCAGCAAGACUCUGGGAGGCCAGGGCAUUGCGCAGAUGAUCGUUUAA